CCAGGGAAACCCUUUUGGAGGAGAUGAGAACCCGGCUUCGCUAUGCCUUCGCCUUUCAGAGAGAAGGUUCAGAGGAGCCUUUGCUGACUUGAGAGAGAGAGAUACCACGCUGAUUGCCGAGGGGAACUGGAAGAAGAGAAGAAACUGUGAGAAACACACUAUCGCCAUGAGUAGUGCUGUGUUGGUGACUCAUAUCUCAGACCCCAGCAGUAGCUUCAGAGAGGACGCCCCUCGCCCCCCAGUACCGGGAGAAGAAGGAGAGACACCACCAUGCCAGCCGUCUGCCCACCUUGGUCAGGGCAAGAGCCCAGUCUCCAAGACUAUGCCUAUCUCUUCCAACACUAGGAGGAAUGAAGAUGGCUUGGGGGAGCCUGAAGGCAGGGCAUCCCCAGACUCCCCUCUGGCCAGGUGGACCAAGUCUUUACAUUCCUUAUUGGGUGAUCAGGAUGGGGCAUAUCUUUUUCGGACUUUUCUGGAGAGGGAGCAGUGUGUGGAUACCUUAGACUUUUGGUUUGCCUGCAAUGGAUUCAGGCAGAUGAACCUUAAAGAUAGCAAAACUUUAAGAGUAGCCAAAGCAAUUUACAAAAGGUACAUCGAGAAUAACUGUAUUGUCUCCAAGCAGCUGAAACCAGCCACCAAGACCUAUAUAAGAGAUAGCAUUAAGAAACAGCAGAUAGAUUCCAUCAUGUUUGAUCAAGCUCAGACUGAGAUUCAGACAGUGAUGGAGGAAAAUGCCUACCAGAUGUUUUUGACUUCUGAUAUAUACCUCGAAUAUGUAAGGAGUGGGGGAGAAAACCCAGCUUAUAUUAACAACUGUGGGCUUGGGAGCUUAAAGGUGGUCUGUGGAUAUCUCCCUACCUUAAAUGAAGAAGAGGAGUGGAGCUGUGAGGAUUUUAAAGGCAAGGUUUUGCCUACAGUGGUUGGCCUGUCCAGCAAAACUCUAAGGGCUACAGCAAAUGUGAGGUCCACAGAAGCUGUUGAGAAUGGAUACAGAUCCUUCAAGAGGAACGAUCCAGUUAAUCCUUACCAUGUAAGCUCCAGCCAUGUCUUUGCUCCAGCUGCUAGCGCCAAUGACAGUGAAAUCUCCAGUGAUGCGCUGACUGAUGAUUCCAUGUCUAUGACUGACAGUAGUGUAGAUGGAAUCCCUCCUUACAGAAUGGGGAGCAAGAAGCAACUACAGAGAGAGAUGCAUCGCAGUGUGAAGGCCAAUGGCCAAGUUUCUCUACCUCAUUUCCCAAGAACCCACCGCCUGCCUAAGGAGAUGACACCCAUUGAACCCGCCAUUUUUGCCGCUGAGUUGAUCUCCAGGCUAGAGAAGCUAAAGCAAGAACAAGAAAGCUUGGACAAUCUGGAGGAGAGGCUGCAGCAAAUUAAGGAGGAUGAAGAGAAAGAGGGCUUAGAGUUGAUACCUGUAAACACUCGGGAAUUAGCCUCGCAACACCCGCUUUCCCUCUUGCCUUAUGGCAGCUACGAAGAAGACCCGCAAGCAAUCCUGGAUGACCACUUGUCGAGGGUUCUGAAGACUCCUGGCUGCCAGUCCCCUGGCAUGGGGAGGCACAGUCCCCGUUCCCAUUCUCCUGACCACCACCACCACUAUCGCCCUUUACUCCAGCCUGGUGGUCGGCUGCCACCCCCGGCAUCGUCCUCAGCUCUCUGCCCGCUUGGCAAAAGCUUUGUUACAAAGCAGAUGACUAAACAUGUCUACCACCACUACAUCCACCAUCACACCAUCCCCAAAACCAAGGAGCAGAUUGAGGUGGAGGCAGCUCAGAAGGUGCAAUGCUUCUGCCUCGGGGGCACCGAUUAUUAUUUGUGUUCAAAAUGCAAGAAUCACUCCAAGGGAGUAGAGCUGGGACCAGUGGAGCAGUUUGGCAACAGAGGCAAUACCCUCUCAAAGAGGAAUGGAAAGGUGACAGAACCAUGUUUGGCCUUGCCAACCAAGGAUGGAGGUGUCCUUGUUGGGACGGGUCUACUCCAGCUACCUGGGAGCGAGGGAGACAGAUCACAGAACGUCUGGCAGUGGAUGUUGGAGAACGAGAGACAAAACAAGCACAAGCCUCAUAGUGUCCAGAACACAAAAAAAGCCUAUCCUUUGGAGUCAACCCGAGGAACCAUUACCGACCGACCUGCCCGCCCCCACCUGUGGGGGGGUAACAUGGGGCAUUCCCGUGCCAUGCCACAUGCCCAUCCCUUCACACAAGACUCUGGCAUGGCCUCCCUGGGUCCCCCUAACACCCUUGCUCAGCUGGAAGAGGCUUGUCGUAGGCUGGCUGAAGUGUCUAAGCCACCAAAGCAACGGUGCUGUCCAUCAAAUCAACAAAAGGAGAGAAACCACUCUGUUGGCCACUUGGGAGGUGUCUCCUUCUGCAACCCGAAUCUAGCCUCAGAAGAUCACAGAGAGCCAAAGAAACUGGCAAGUGUUCACUCUCUUCAGGCCAGCGAGCUGGUCGUCACUUAUUUUUUCUGUGGAGAAGAAAUUCCAUACAGGAGGAUGUUGAAGGUGCAGAGUCUGACACUUGGCCACUUUAAAGAGCAGCUCAGCAAAAAGGGAAAUUAUAGGUAUUAUUUCAAAAAAGCAAGUGACGAGUUUGACUGUGGGGCUGUUUUUGAAGAGAUUUGGGAAGAUGAUUCAAUACUUCCAAUGUAUGAAGGAAGGAUUCUGGGGAAAGUAGAAAGAAUUGAUUAAUUUUUAUUUUGUUGGUGAUGGGUGGUAAUGGGAAAAAUUUUUUUGCAUCUGUUUCUUAAGAACAGUUGAAACAAAGCUAAAGAUACCUGUCUUGGAAAUGACCAAAAAAAAAAAAAAAAGAUAUUUUGAAGGAAAAUUGAAACAAUGAAGAAAAAAGAAAUCUAGGAAGACUUGGCAAAUCAGCCUUCAUUAUUCACUGGGUAUGGAAAUAAGAAAAGGCCCUGAACUAUUUAUUAAAAAGAUGACCACUCUUGGCUGUUGAAGAUGCAAACCGUUUUUGAGAGACUUUCUUACAUAUCACUUCCUAGAGAUCUGAAAUCCCUAAACUAAGAAAAACUGUAUAGCUUACCUGAACAGGAAUCCUUACUGAUAUUUAUUGAUCAUGUUAUUUCCUUUUUACAUCCAGUUAAUGGAUAUGCUGCUCUAACAGUGGAGAGGGGAAAGAGGAAUUGUGUUCUCUAAUUUUUUUAUUCAAACUUAGGAGUGAAUUAAUGAUUUCUAUCAUUUAAAAGGAGUUAAACUUUGCCCAGUAUUUCUCCAAGUGAAGUUAGACUGUUUUAAUGGUGCCCUACUCUGAGGCAGCACAAUGUGUAGGGAGAGAGGGUGAGGAGGACCUGGGUUCCAGUCCUACCUCUGACACAUCCUGGUUGUGUGACCUCCAGAUAAGUCAAAUUAAUCUCCCAGUGCUCUAGGCUCUAAGACCUUAAGCUACCGACCUGCUUUGGUAAGGGAAGUUUUCCUACUUGGGAAUUCCUUAUGCCAAUGCAAUCACAGUUCUAGCCCCUAUUCCUUUCCCUAUACUAUUAAUACACAUUAAAAUUGGUGAAUUAUUAAAAAAAAUCUAUGCUGCUCUAACUUGUGAUAAAAUAUUUAAAUAUGUUGCAUUAUCACUAUAACAUAAGAACAGUAUUGGAUUGGAGAAUUUGUGUAGCAUGGGUGUUGUGAGGAUCUAGCUGAGAUCCUUAGUUUAUUCAGUACCUGACUCAUUAGUUGGAUGGUCUGAGUGAUCUUCCCUAUGAGAUGCUGCAUCCUUCCUGCCACCCCAUCCAGAGGACCCAGUCAUAUACAGGAUAAAAUAAGCGCAUGCCAUGUAGCUAGCUCAUGUGGGAGGUGAUUUUAGCAUGCCCUUUAUUAAAAGUGUGCAGUGUCCUCAAGAUCAGGGGAAGAGUCAGACUUUGUAUUGAAGUCUUCCUUCCUUCCUUCCUUCCUUCCUUCCUUCCCUCCCUCCCUCCAUUCCUCCCU